CAGAGCCUCGGUUCCAUGUGCUAUUUAAACAACGAAACAAGAAGGUCCAAACCAAAAGACUUUGUGGCAAAUCAGGGUGUAACCUACUUUGAAGUCAUAAACUCAAAUUUUGUUCGUGAAGACCUUGGGAGGUGGAGUCAUCAACCGAAUAACUCUGGAUCUAGUGGAACCAUCAACCAAUCAGAAAAUAUUGGAUCGAGCUCCUCCUCACCUGGUGACUCCUGUAAACACAUUCGUGAGUCGAGAGUUUCCCUGGAAGACGGGGAGUACUGGAUCGACCCUGAGAAAAAUGGAAAUCCUUUGAAAGUUUUCUGUGACAUGACAACCGACGGAGGUGGCUGGCUUCUUGUCGCUAACUUGGAGAUGCUCAGCUCUAAACCGCCCAAAAAAUGGACCACUGAGACAUCAUACCGCGGGAUCAGCAACUUUGCCAACAACGAAAUGGGUAUCAGACUGAGCGCCAUGAGAGAACUCAGAAGCCACUUGUCUUUCACGCAACUAAGAUUCUACUGCAGCAAACAACAAGGACGCACUUUCCACGUGACAACAGCUGCUAACAGCUCUGGUGAAGCUGUGGUCCAGUACUUCAGCGGCCAGACGGACGUUCUCCCCUCUUCUUGCUACUCAUUUGAAAGAAUGCAAGGAGAUAACUCCCGAUUAGCUUCAAAGUGUGAUAGAUGGGGAAAUGACGGCUCAAAAUACGCUGGAAAGUGGGGACAUUAUAAACACCGUGGAGAGCGUAGGAUGUACAAUCACGCAGCUUUCAUUCCACAGGAAUAUUAUUGGGUGGCCGUUUUGGGUAAAUGGUGGUGUGAUGAUGAUAAUGGAAGUAAUUUAAUAGCGAUAUCGCCCGGUGAUGUUUGGAAAGUUUAUGUGCGUUGA